AGCACCGAUGAGGCUGAGGAUAAAAUUGAAUACAUCUACUGCCACAUGCUUAUGGAAGGCGAAGAUUUUGCUGGUUGCACAAAGUUGGCGUCACUUUCACUGAAUGAAUUAAUGGAUCGUCAUGAGCUGCUUCUCAAAACCGGCAUUUAUAAGACUCCGGAUCCGAGAAGACCACAGCUGAAAAGCGAUAACCCGAAACUAAAAAAGAUUGUGGAUAGCAAUGCAGAAGAAUUCGCAACACGUGUCGCACAAAUAACAGUGGAGGAAUGGCGCCUGUUCCAGGAACUUCAGGAAAAGAAACGGGACUUGGAAUCACCGGGCGAGGAACGUCCAUUUGAACGUGUGAAACCAUCGAUGAGAAAACAGCUGGAACGAAGGAAGAAAUUAUCUUCUUUGCGUGAUCAUGAAAAAUUUGAAUCGUACGAUGAGAGAUAUUGA